AAAGGAGUGGCUGUUUUACAUAUAUCCAGUUGAUAUUUCGCAUUCGGUAUUUUUGAAUUCAUUGAAAAAUUGAUAACUAUUACUGUUUGUUGGGGCUCUUCGUUAUAAAAGGAAAAUUUAUAAUUUGUAAAUGAGCACCAAUAAUAAGUGUAAAAGAAAUGACGGGAAAAUUAAAGAAAAAAAGGUCACGCAAAAUGAUGACCCUAACAAAUACCCCAAAUUAAGUGGAGGAGGUGGUUCCCAAGGGACGGAUUUCCAAAUUAAACUAUUAGUAUAUUGUCUUCUUAAAGGAUGUGACGAAACAUUUUUACUGUCCACUGAAAACAAAACGACAGGAAAAUUCGAUGAUGUCGUUUUUGAAACAGAACAAAGUAGAUUCCUCAUUCAAGCAAAGCACAAAGUCAACAAAGCAAAGAAACUUACUUGGAACGAACUUUUUCCUAUAGAAAAUAAUAACCAAGAGUCGACAGAUGCGGAAACUCCAGUGUUAAAUAGUACAAGUGAGGAAAAUCAAGAUGAAGAGAAAAAUUCAGGCGGCUUCAAUAUCUACAAAUAUAUGAAUUCUUUUCCUAAAAUUAAAAAUAGUGAUAAUGCAAGUGCCGUUAUUUUAUGUACUAAUAUGGGUAUUGAUCUCAAAAAGUUAAACAAGGAUUUCAACAGUGAAAUAAGAAAAAAAUUUUUGGAAACAACAAAUACUAUUGUUGCUAACACGAAUAGAAAUUUUUUUAUUCAAAAGAAUAUUCCUGAAAAUCAUAUCUUUGGUCAAAUUGAUGGAGAAAUAAUCUGUGUUUGUUUCGAUAUUAAUCAUUUAGAAGAAGUGAAAAGUUUCAUUCAAGCUACUAAUAGAAUUAAUGUAGACGAAGAUAAAAUUAACGAAUUUCUUAUAAAAUUUCAAAUCAUUUUGAUGGAUGUGUCAGUUCUUGAUGACAAUAUAAGAAAAAAAUUGAGAGGAAUAAAGAUUUUUAAUAAUUUUAUAACGGACAAAUUUGCUAUUAAUUUUCUAUGUGAAGAAAUUAAGCUUUGGUUUCAAAGUUCUAAAGGAAUUUAUCUGAAUGAAAAAAAAGCCGUGGGUUACUUUUGUAAUAUGCGAAGUCAGUAUUACAUAAUGACAGUCAAAAAUGAAUUGCUCAUUUCGUUUAAAGAACCAAAAGAUAAUCAAAUCAAAGGGUGUACAAAAAUAUUUAUCAAAAACAAAACAUUUUACAAGACUGCUUUAAUGAAAAUAUUACAAUGUACAUCUGAAAACGAUACAUUUUUUUUGAAUCCUGAAGAUGAUUUAUAUAUACAGAAUCAACUAAUAGAGACUUUUAAACUAGAUAGAUAUACGUCAAUAGUUGUACCAGUAUUUGACAAAUCUGCGGAGAAAUUAGAAAUAGAUACAGCAAUAAAAAUUGUAAAAGAAAAUAAAGAUAAAAAAAUUAUGUUACUUACAGUCGAAAAUAACAAAUUUGCACAAAAAAUCCCAACCGAAAAUAUUAUAAAUUACGUUUUAAAAUUUUCCGAUCUUUCUGCGGAAAGUCAAUCAAAAAUACUAGCAAAAAAAAUCAAGUUUCAAGAUGAAUAUUUAUCAAUAAACGAAAUUUACGGAUCGGAACAAGAUAAAAUGGAUGAAACGAUACUAUUAAAAUUCAUUUCGGAAAAGAAUAUUACUGUUAACGAAAAAAAUGAAAACUGCACGACGUACGUAAAGCAAUUGAAAAGAUUCUAUAUAAAACGGAAUAUUCAUUUUAAUGGAAAACCAAAUACCGGUAAAUAUCCAUUAUUCGGUAGAAACUCAUUAUCCGAAACCGAUUUUUGUCGAUUAAUUUUAAACAGCGUAGAAAAUCAAACAACAAGUAAAUUCAUACUUUUAUCUGACGUUCCCGGUAUUGGUAAAAGCACCUUACUGUCCAAUAUGGAAUGCAUAUUUCGAAAAACACCCUACUGGGUGAUAAAACUCAAUUUAAGAGAUUGUACCGAAAUCCUAUUAGAAGCCAAGGAAGAAAAUUGGGAAUUCGUAGAUGCAAAAGAACUAUUUCCAAAAAUUGAUUCCACUUAUCAAAAUAUCUUCAAACUUCCCGAUAAAGUGAUUAUACUAAUAGAUUCAAUAGAUGAGAUAGCUCCUGAAUAUACGGACAUAGUCUUAAAAACUUUGGUCAAUAUUUCGAGUAGCGGCAAUAUAAAAAGAAUAGUAAUGGCAUCUAGACCACACGUUUUAAAAGAUAUUGUUGACGCUACCAAUCCGGUUAUUUGUGAAGUCGAUCCCUUUUCUCACGAGGAUAGCCAAACUUUUGUUUUGAAUUACUGGAAAUUUAAAUUGAAAUUAGACAAAUUAGACAAAGCGAAAAUGUAUUCACAACAUUUAUUUAAAAGCUUAGAACACAGCGUCGGCUUUAAUCGUACUAAAAGUUUCGUAGGGAUCCCUCUUCAAACGAAAAUGAUCGCAGAAAUCUUCAUUGAGGGUUACAACGACGAAAAUAAUCAAUGGCUUGGGUGUAAAGAGUAUUUGGAAAGUGGCGAAAUGUCUUUUCCGAAAAAGAUGAACAUAUCAAAGUUAUUUGAUAUGUUUAUUAAUAGAAAACGACAGGUCUACUUCAACCAACAAGGAAACGCGAAAGGUAAUGCCAGGACUGUCAAAUUAUACACAGAAACGUUUAAUAACUCACUAGAAAUGCAUACAGUGGAAGCGUUAAAAUUAUUAUUUGAUAAGAAAUACUAUAAACACUUUGAAAUAGCUACAACGCCAUUAACAGACGUAAAUUCAUUAUUCGACAUGGGUAUCGUUAUGUACAUAGAAGGAAAGGUUCAAUUUGUUCAUCAAACAUUUGCAGAAUAUUUCGUAGCAAAAUAUUUUGUUAAAUUAAUAGAAAAUAACAAUUUAUCUACGGAUUUCAUCGAGUUUUUAAUCAAUGACGUUUUUUUAAAGUUUGAUAAAAGACAAAUUAUUGUAUUGUUUAUGGAACACUUACUGAAUCUAGAAAAAGUUGAAGAAAACAUAUUUGAGUCGUUCGCUUUGACACUUGAGUUAAGUAAACAAACAGAGCUUGAAGUACUGGCAGCUCGAGGAUGUUUCAAUAUCCUAACUUUGGUUAUAAAAAAAUACAGAUAUCCUAAAGAAUUGUUAUAUCCUAUUAUGAACGACAAUACUUUUCUUCACUUCGCAGCAAGUUAUAAUGCUACAGAAUUCGCUAAACUUUUAAUAGAAAAAGGACACUGUAUCAACGAAAAAAAUUUAAAAGGAAGUAUUCCUCUACAUCUUGCAAUUGAUAAUAAUUGUCAAGAAAUUAUGGAUUUUUUAUUAAGUAUCAACAAUGAUAUAUUAAUCAAAGAUAUUAAUGAAGAUUCUUUACUUCACUAUGCUGCAAGAAUGAAUAACGUUAACCUCGCCACGUACCUUAUUAACAAAAACAUUGAUUUAAAUAUGAAAAAUUUGCGAGGAGAAACACCGUUACAUCAAACAAUUAUUUAUAAAUCUAAAGAAAUAUUUAGAUUAUUAAUGUAUAAUAAAUGUUAUAUUAUUGUAAAAGAUAAACAAAACGACACUCCGUUACAUUUCGCUGCUAAAGUUGGCGACUGCAGCAUAGCUGAUGAACUAAUUAAAGCAAAUCAUAAAGUUGAUGUGAAAAAUAUGCGUGAACAAUCUCCUUUACAUUACGCCAUCGCUAACAGAAAAGAAGAUAUGAUUGAAUAUUUGCUUGAGAAAUAUGAAAAUAUUAACGAUAUCAAAGAUAUCGAGGGUAAUACAUUAUUACAUUACGCAGCAAAAUUUAAUCAUUUUAAAACAGCUGAAAAACUUCUAUCUAAAGGACACGAUGUUGAUGUAAAAAAUAAUACCGGACAAUUACCUAUUCAUUUCGCAGUGAGUCGCAGAAGCAAAGACAUGAUAAAAUUAUUGUUAGAUGACACUAAUGUUAAAUUUGAAGAUGGUAACAGUUUAUUACAUAUCGCAGCUAAAUUAAACGACUUAGAUUUGGCGAUUAUUUUAGUUAACGCUAAACAAGAUAUUAACGUGACGAACUUGAAUCAACAAACACCGUUACAAGUUGCAAUUAUAUCAGGACAUAAAGAAAUGAUACAAUUUUUGAUGACUGGAAAAUAUUAUAAUACAUCGAGAGAUAUAAACGGCGAUACAUUGUUACAUGCAGCUGUAAAAAAGGGUGAUUUGGAAACUGCCAAAGCAUUAAUUGAACAAGGACACGUAAUUGAUAGGAAGAAUAAUCGACAAGAAACUCCUUUACAUUUAGCCAUAGCUUGUAAAAAUAAUAAAUUAUGUUUAUUAUUGAUAGAAAAUGGACAUAGUAUGGAUAUUUUUGACGAGCAAUCGAACACAGUGAUACAUUUUGCUGCAAAAAUGAAUGACGUAUAUCUAGCAAAGUUAUAUAAAGAACGUGGAUAUGAUUUAAAUGUAAUCAAUGCUUCCAAUAAAACUCCAUUAUAUUUCGCGAUAGUUAAUAAACAUAAAGAUAUAGCGAUUUAUUUGUUAGAUAACGGACACAGAGUUAAUAUACGAGAUCUGGAUGGAAACACUUUACUACACCACGCAGCUAUGAACAAUAAUAUUGAAAUAGCCGGUUUAUUAAUAGAAAAAGGACACAAAGUUAAUGUGAGAAACGUACGUGGUCAUACACCGUUAUAUUUCUCUAUAUACUAUAAAUGUAAAGAUAUGUCAAAAUUUUUAAUCCAAAACGAUCAUAGUAUAUUUGAUGAGGAUUGUGAAAAAAAUACCUUACUACAUAUCGCUGCUAAAACGAAUGAAGUUGAAAUAUCGAGAUUACUGAUAGAAUUGAAACAUGAAUUGAAUAUAUUCGGCGAAACUCCUCUUUACGUAGCUAUUUACAGCAAUUCCAAAGAUGUUAUAGAAUAUCUACUAGCAGUCGAUAUUAACCUCGAUAUAAAUCGAAAAUAUACAGCCAGUGAGAAUACACUGUUACACGAAGCUGUGCUCUAUAACGACGUCGAUAUUGUAGUUUUAUUAAAACGAAAAGGGCAUUUGGUGAAUAUACGAAACGCAAAAGGUCUAACUCCUUUACAUAUAGCUAUUGCUAAUAAAUACAGAAAUAUUAUAGCUUCUUUAAUUACCGGAACCGAUGAUCUCGAAGUAGACCUAUUACAUUACGCUGCCGAAAAUAACGCUUUCCAAAUAGCAGAUUUAUUACCGAAGCAACAACUAAAUCAAAAAGACUCAGAUGGGUAUACCCCGUUGUUUCUCGCGGUUAAAAAUAAAUCUAAGGGAAUGUUUGAUUUCUUAAUUGAAGCAGAUGCUGAUAUCAGAGAUACAGAUAAAGAUGGUAAUACGUUACUACAUUGCGCCGCAUUCGAAGGUAAUUUUGAAGCUGCUGUUGUAUUGGUUGAGAAAAAUCAUCCAAUAAACGUUGAGAAUUUGAACGGUGAAACCCCUCUUCAUCGACUGAUGGCUAGUAAGAUUGAAAGAAAUAGUGCAAUUAAUAUUAUAAAAUUAUUAUUAGAUCACGGGCAUAGGAUAGAUAUAGAAGAUAAAAGUGGCAAUAUUUUACUACAUUAUGCUUGUAAAUUAAACGCAAUUGACGUUAUUAAAAUAUUAUUAGAUAAAAAUCACAAUUUAGAUAUCAUAAAUGCGAAAGGAGAAUCACCACUGCACGUAUCUAUCGAUAGUGGUUCAACGGAAUCGACGAAACGCUUGUUGAGCGGCGUUGAAAAUAAUAAUGUUGUAGAUAGAGAAGGUAACACGUUAUUACAUUAUGCUGUAAGGAAAAAUGAUGUCGAAACUACAUCUUUACUAAUUUUUAAACGAUAUGAAGUUAAUGUAAUAAACAAUCGUGGCGAAACUCUUGUUCAUUUAUUGAUACAAAAAUUCAAUUACAAGUUAUUGGUAUUUCUGUUGAGUAACGGUGUGAAUCCACAUGUUAUAUUACAAAACGGAAAUACUUUGUUACAUUUAGCCGCUGAAAAAAAUAACCUCGACCUUGCCGCUUUAUUAACUGCCAAAGGGUUAUCAGUAAACGCCGUUAAUUCAAAAAAACAAACACCUCUACAUAUCGCAAUAAAAGAGAAAUCAAAAAGUAUGUCGAAAUUUUUAUUAGGUGAAGAAAUUGAUGUUAAUUGCAAAGAUAUAGAUGGAAAUUCGUACUUACACUAUGCAGCUAAAGAGGAUGACAUUGAAAUAGCUGAUUUAUUACUCGAAAAAGGUCAUUACGUGAAUGUGGAAAAUUUAAGAAAAGAAUCGCCGUUAUAUAAUUCUAUUCAAUGUAGAGCGAAGCGUAUGACGAAAUUUCUUCUCGACAAAGGACAUAACAUUGAAACAAAAGAUACUAAUCAAAAUACAUUACUGCAUUUAGCUGUAAAAGCAAAUGAUAUAGAUUUGGCUUUGUUAUUAAUUGAAAGAGGUCACGAAGUUAAUGUUACCAAUUCAAAUAACGAAACUCCUCUUUACUGGAGCGUAGCUAGAAAAUUUAAAAAUAUAACCAAAUUACUUCUCGAGAAAAAACACGGAAUUCAUUAUCUUGUUUUAGGUAAUACACUUUUACAUACUGCUGUAACUCAAGACGAUGUUGAAACUGCAGCACUACUCAUUGAACACGGCCAUAAAAUAGAUACCAGAAACGAAAAAAACGAAACACCUUUUUAUUAUGCAGUUAAACAUAAAAGAAAAGAAAUGACAAAUUUUCUGUUCAAUCAUGAAGAUAAUAAUCGAACUUUGAAUGCUGAAAUUGCGUUACUAUUAGUUAAAACUAUCAACUAUAUGAAAUCAUCGAUGGUAUUUUCGAUUUCGCGCGAUAUAAUGAUUCGACGAUAUAAUGACAUGUCGUUGUUAUUGUUACAAAAUGAAGGAACAAUCGUAGUGAAUGAUGAUGUUGGAAACACGUUGUUGCAUUUAGUUUCGGAAACUAAUGAUACCGAAGUAGGAGAUUUACUUAUACGAUGCGGACAUGAUAUAAAUUUAAGAAAUUCUUUUGAAAUAACCCCGUUAUAUUUUGCGUGUAUGAAUAACUCAAGGGAUAUGUGUAGACUUUUACUGCAAAAGGAUCACGUCGAUUUUCAUUGCCCACCUGGCUAUGAUAACGAAUCGUUGUUGCAUUGGGCAGUCUUGCAACAUGAUCUGAAACGUGUAGAUUUAUUAUUGAAAAAAGGACACGAUGUUAACGUGCGGAAUUUGAAAGACGAAACUCCUUUACAAAUCGCGUUUAAACAUAAAUUUAAGAGUAUUAUUAAAAGAUUAUUGCAACAAGAUGAAAUAGAUUUUGCAAGUACGGUAGAUGAAGAAGGUAAUACAUUAUUACACUUUGCUGUUGAAGAUAAUGAUAUUGAUAUUACGGAUAUUUUGUUGAAAAAGGGACUUGAAAGUGAUAUUAGAAAUUUGGAUAACGAUACACCUAUUCAUAUAGCGUUUAAAUUAAAAUUGGAAGAAAUAUUACAGCGUUUAUUAUUUGCCACACCUGAUUUUAACGUUGACGAUGUUACCGAUAAUAAAGGAAAUACGUUAUUACACUUCGCUGUUGACAAAAACAAUUUGGAAUUAGUAAAUUUUUUGAUAAGAGAAAAACAUUUGAUCAAAGUUUUAAAUGUACAUGCCGAAACGCCGGUACAUUUAGCACUCAACAAAAGGUAUAUAGACAUAUUAAAAAUAUUAUUGAGAAAUACUGAAGUCGAUUUAAAGGAUAUUGUUGAUUCAAACAACACAAAGUUAAUAGAAUUAGCUGCUGAAGAUGUAGAACUUGAGAAUAUAUUAUUAGAAACAUCAUAUUAUUAACUUUUACUUGCUAAAUUGCAGAUAUGUUCUCACAGAGAAUCUGCGAACUGUUUCCAAACCAGACGUUAAGGAGCAAAAUCCGAAUCAACCUUGCACUUAAUGAUUAUUAAGUGCCACUUGGUACAUGCGUUCCUGGGACCUUAGGAAGCAAUCUGAGGGUUACCGCCACCGAAUCCGUCCAUUAAUUUUAUCAACGAUGUAAAUUUUUGCAUCGGUAGAUUUAAAAUAUCCUGCCGCGUUUUAGUACCACACUUAUGAUUGUUUUCAAUGUCAAGGACAAGUUCUGAUUUUGGGGAUUUCCUGUGAUUUCCUUCAGCGUUAAAAAGGUACCAGUUCCAUGCAUAAACAAAAUAUUGCGUUACCAUCGGCAAAUAUCAAUAACUUAGUAGAAGUGUAAGUGUAAAGUUUGACGUCAAAAAAGUGAAACAGAGUUACGCAAUAAAUUGAAGAUGAUGACCGAUCGUGAAGGCCAGUUUCGAAAAUAUCGAUGCAGUUCAUGACAUGAUUCUAUCAGACCGUUGAAUUGGGCUAAAACGGAUAUCUGAAGCACUGAAUAUUUCAUACGAAUGCGUUCAUCAUAUAGUUCACGUCAAUUUGAACAUGAGAAAAAUUGCUGCAAAAUGAAAUCCCCAAAUGUUUGGAUACUGACAAAAAUCGUGCAAGGGUAGAAGUCUUGCGUUCGAUCUGUGCUCGAUUUGAAAACGAUGUAGACUUCUUAAACCGAAUUGUUAUUAUGGAUGAGACUUGGGUACAUUUCUACGAUCCAGAAACAAAGCAACAAUCGAUGGAAUGGUGACACUCUGGUUCUCCAAGACCUAAGAAGUUUCGUGUCCAAAAAUCUGCUGGAAAAACUCUUGCCUCAGUUUUUUGGGAUUGCCAUUGAGUAAUUAUGAUUGAUUUUUUGGACUUGGAUUAGAAGUACUUUUGUUUUCUUUCUCUAAUAAAUUAUAUUUUUUCAAUAGGAUCAGAUAACUUUUUACUUUUAAGUACGAAUCGCAAAUUUUCUUAACAGUGCAUCUUUAUUUUCUCGUAUAUUUAGUAAACAUUGUCUACAAGUUUUUUCAGGUUUACUUUUCUUGCUAUUAAUUUUUAUAAAAUUGGUUAUGUCCUCGAAUGUCAUCUUUACUAGUUGGAUUAGCUUUCUAAUUCUCGUAAUAUUUGGAUUAACUUUUUUCUGUUCACACUAUCAUAAGCUCUUUUGGAAACAACAAAAAGGAUCUGUGUUGGUAUUUUAUAUUCAUAACAGCCAGUAAUCAGCUGUUUUAUCAUAAAAAUUUAGUCGGAUGUUCCUCUGUCUUUUCUAAACCCUCCUUGGUACUCUCCUAACAAUUCUGCGUGUAUUUCCAAUCUUCUUUUCAAAAUUGAUGCGAAUUUUUUGUGUGUGACAUCUAACAAGGCCAUUCUUCCAUAAUUUUCGCAUGUUUUGACUCUCUUCUUGUAAAUGGGGGAUAUAAUGGAUUUUCUUCAUGCUUAUGAAAUUUUCUCGGUUUUCCAAAUCUGAAAAAGUAAAUUUAAAAUUUCUUCUUCAAGCUGUGCACAACUAUGUUUAAUUUGUUCUUUUGUCACAACAUUAAAUCCCAGAUUUUUAUUGUUUUUCAUUUAUCACUUCUUCAACUUCUCUGUUCGAUAAUGCUGAUAAAGUUGAUUUUCAAGGUUUCCUUCAUUUGCUAUUUCUUCGAGUGCAUUUUCGUUUCUGUCAUUUUCAACAUUAAAUAUUUUUUUUUCUUCGUCACCUACAAAGUUUCCUUCUUUGUCUUUUAUAUAUGUGGUAGUACUCUUGUUUUGUUUUCUUAUGUGUUUAACAUCUAUGUAACACUUUUUAAUUUCCUUUCUUUGAUAUUCUUCUCCUAGUUUUUAUUUGGUCUCUAUUGUAUUCUCUAUUUUCCAUCCUACAAGGUUUCGUCGCUUUCUUUCUUUGAUUUUUAUAUUCACUUAUGCUUUUUUCAUCUCUUUUCUGCAACAGUUUCUUUUUUUGUUGUAUUACACUGUCACAUUCAUCAUCUAGCCAUCUUUUUCUUUUUUGUCAUUUUUUUUCGUGGCAGUUUUUACUACUUGUUCAAUUUUUUCCCGGUUUUUUCUACAGUUAUGGUGUGGCUUUCUUCUCGGUUGUCUAAGUAUUUUUCAAUGUCUAUCGUAUACUUUCUUACAAUAUUUUAGUUUAUUUUAUUUUUAAUAAAUGAAUUUUUUCUCACUGAUAUCAUCUUUCCUGCAAUCUGCAGCUUUUCGAAUACUAAUAAGCGUUUGUGGUUUUAGAUUUUUCACUAAAUCAUCCGUUUUAUCACAAAACAACCACGACAAUUCAUUUAGUUUCCACUUUUUUACAUUUAUCACUUGUAAUGACAUUGUCCGCGCUUCUAUAUAUAUAUAUAUAUAU